GACGCUAUGGCCAAGCUUUUGCUAAAACUCCAGCGGUAUUUUCGGCGCAAACCCGUGCGUUUUUUCACGCUGCUGGCUCUCUACCUGGCUGCCGGCAGUUUGGUUUUCCUGCAUUCCGGCUUUUCCGGGGAGCCCACGGUAGCGGGGAGCCCCCGCAGCCCCGCGGCCGCAGAGGGGCCGGGGCUGCCCUACCUGGGGGUGAUGCAGCUCAGCCGCGGCUUCAAGGUGGCAGCGACGAUACCGGCGGGGGGCCGGCGACACGGGCCCUGGUUCAGAAACACCUCCAAGGAGCCGUCGGACAGGGGAAAAUCCCGGGAUAACAGCGGCCCCCGGAGCCGGGCGCUCAGGGGCAGGAGCGGCCGAGAGAAGGAGGAGGACAGAGCCCGGUACAUCGGCUGCUACGAGGACAACACCCGGCAGAGGACGCUGCGUGGGAUGUCCUUCUUCGACUACAAGAAGAUGACAGUGUUCCGUUGCCAGGACAACUGUGCCGAGCGGGGGUACCUGUACGCAGGGCUGGAAUUCGGGGCCGAGUGCUACUGCGGGCACAAGAUCCAGGCGUCCAACGCCAGCGAAUCCGAGUGCAACAUGGAAUGCAAGGGAGAGAGGAGCAACACCUGUGGUGGCAUCAACCGGCUCUCCAUCUACCGCCUGGAGCUGGCCCAGGAAUCCGCCCGCAGGUAUGGAAGCGCGAUAUUCCGGGGCUGCUUCCGCCGGCCAGAAAAUGUUUCCAUCGCCCUGCCCGCCAGCCAGCUCAUGCUCAACAUGUCCGUGGAUAAAUGUGUGGAUUUCUGCACAGAGAAGGAAUUCCCCCUGGCAGCGCUGGCGGGCACCACGUGCCGCUGUGGCUUUCCCAGCACGCUGUUCCCGCUGCACGAGCGAGAGGACGAGCAGCUCUGCGCGCACAAAUGCGCCGCCGAGGAGUUCGAGAGCUGCGGCUCCGCCGACUUCCUGCUGGUCUACCAGACACAAGUGCAGGACAAUCGCUGCAUGGACAGGAGGUUCCUGCCCAGCCGUGCCAAGCAGUUGGUGGCCCUGGCCAGUUUUCCUGGAGCUGGGAACACCUGGGCCAGGCACCUGAUCGAGUUGGCCACCGGCUUCUACACCGGCAGCUACUACUUUGAUGGCUCCCUCUACAACAAAGGAUUCAAGGGGGAGCGGGAUCACUGGAGGAGUGGCAGGACCAUUUGCAUCAAGACCCACGAGAGUGGGCAGAAGGAGAUCGAGUCCUUCGACUCUGCCAUCCUGCUCAUCCGCAACCCCUACAAGGCCCUGAUGGCCGAGUUCAACCGCAAGUACGGGGGACACAUCGGCUUCGCCGCCCACGCCCACUGGAAGGGCAAAGAGUGGCCGGAGUUUGUGGCUAACUACGCUCCGUGGUGGGCAACCCACACCCUGGACUGGCUGCGCUAUGGCAAGAAGGUGCUGGUGGUGCACUUUGAGGACCUCAAACGGGACCUGUUCGUGCAGCUGCAGAGGAUGGUGGCACUGCUGGGUGUCACAGCCUGCGAGGACAGGCUGCUGUGCGUGGAGGGACAGAAGGAUGGCAACUUCAAGCGCUCGGGGCUGAGGAAGCUGGAGUACGACCCCUACACCCCCGAGAUGAGGAAGGCGAUCGGCGGCUACAUCCGAACCGUGGACGCGGCGCUGAAACUCCGCAACCUCUCGGGGGUCCCCGAGGAUUAUUACCCCAGAUGAUGGCGACCACGGCAGGGGGACAGCGCCCCUGUUGUGCCCAGGGGUGUCCUCCUGGCUUCUGGCUAAUUCCACCCAGUGGGUGGCUCGUGUUUUAACCCUCCGUGUGCCGCUGUAGGUGUUGGUCACUCCCUGCAUGAGCUGCCGCAGGUCCCCAGCCACCGCU